AUGAAGGCUGCGCUCGCACUGACGGUGGUCAUUGUCGCCUGCGUUAAUAUUCACUGUGUUGAGGGCAAGGCGAAGAAGACAACGCAAUUGUCUCUUCAAAGUAAAGAGACUAACGUCGUGAACUUCAUGAGACUGCUGGUCAUGAGACUAGUUUUCGGUGUGGCCUCGGCGAUGGGUCUUGGUGAAAAUCUUUCGGGCGUUCUUGGAGGGAUUUUCGUGCCACCUGGAGCCGACGACUACGAUUAUGGCGACGAUGACUAUGCAUCCGGCUUGUUUUAA